CUCCCCGGAGUUCCGAGCGCCGCGGCCGUCGCGUCCGCCUGCCCUUAAAGGGCUGGCGCCCCAACAACUCACAGCGCGGCGUCCGGUCGCUACCACCUAUCACGCCCCUCAGCCUUAGACUCUCCUCCCUUUGGGGCCGCCCCCACUGCCGGCUUCCCCUCCCUUCUUCCCAUUUCCCGGCGUCUCCAGGCUCCCAGCAACCAGCCGCCUCCUCGCUCCCACGGCCCUGGCCGGCGCCCGCUGGGUCUCCGAGCCGUGCUCCUCGGCCCCUCGCGAGCUGGGGCCCCUUCCUGUGGCCCGUACCCACAACCCCCACCUCCGCGUCCCAGCCGCCUCGUCCCUUCCCGGGCCCUGGAAAGCGUGUCUGCGGCUCCAGGGAGGGGACGUUUGCUAAUCUCAGGCCGGGGUUAAAGUUCUGGUCCUAGUGAGAUGCUGGAAGCUGCGGCCAGAGCUGCAACUCGCCCUGGAGGUGUCUUGUCGCCUGUCGUCGCCGCCGUCGCUGCCGCCGCCACUGCCGCCCUGCCGGGGCCAUGUUCGCUCUGGGCUUGCCCUUCUUGGCACUCUUGGUGGCCUCGGUCGAGAGCCAUCUGGGGAUUCUGGGGCCUAAGAACGUCUCGCAGAAAGACGCCGUGUUUGAGCGCAUCUACGUGGAUGAGGUCAACAGCGAGCUGGUCAACAUCUACACCUUCAACCAUACUGUGACCCGCAACCGGACGGAAGGUGUGCGCGUGUCCGUCAACGUCCUGAACAAGCAGAAGGGGGCUCCUUUGCUGUUCGUGGUCCGCCAGAAGGAGGCGGUAGUGUCUUUCCAGGUGCCCUUAAUCCUGCGAGGGAUGUUUCAGCGCAAGUACCUCUACCAAAAGGUGGAGCGCACACUGUGUCAGCCCCCCACCAAGAACGAGUCCGAGGUCCAGUUCUUCUACGUGGAUGUGUCUACACUGUCACCAGUCAACACCACGUACCAGCUCCGGGUCAGCCGAAUGGAUGACUUCGUGCUCAGGACUGGGGAACAGUUCAGCUUCAAUACCACAGCAGCCCAGCCCCAGUACUUCAAGUAUGAGUUCCCGGAGGGAGUGGACUCAGUCAUUGUCAAGGUGACCUCCAACAAGGCCUUCCCUUGCUCAGUCAUCUCCAUCCAGGAUGUUUUGUGCCCUGUCUAUGACCUGGACAACAACGUAGCCUUCAUAGGCAUGUACCAGACUAUGACCAAGAAGGCAGCCAUCACCGUACAGCGCAAAGAUUUCCCCAGCAACAGCUUCUACGUGGUGGUGGUGGUGAAGACUGAAGACCAGGCCUGUGGGGGUUCCCUGCCUUUCUACCCCUUUGUUGAAGAUGAACCGGUCGAUCAAGGGCAUCGCCAGAAAACCCUGUCCGUGCUGGUCUCGCGAGCAGUCACUUCCGAGGCCUACGUUGGCGGUAUGCUCUUCUGUCUGGGCAUAUUUCUCUCCUUCUACCUGCUAACCGUCCUCCUGGCCUGCUGGGAGAACUGGAGGCAGAGAAAGAAGACCCUUCUGGUGGCUGUGGAUCAAGCCUGCCCAGAAAGCGGUCACCCCCGGGUCCUGGCCGAUCCCUUCCCUGGCAGCUCCCCGUACGAGGGCUACAACUACGGCUCCUUCGGGAAUGGUUCUGGCUCCACCGGAUCCACUGACGGUCUGGUUGACAGCGCGGGCCCCGGGGACCUCUCCUACGGUUACCAGGACCACUCCCUUGACCCCAUGGGCACUCGGCCACGACUGGACUCCAUGAGCUCUGUGGAGGAGGACGACUAUGACACGUUGGCCGACAUCGAUUCAGACAAGAAUGUCAUUCGCACCAAGCAAUACCUCUACGUGGCUGACCUGGCCCGCAAGGACAAACGUGUCCUGCGGAAGAAGUACCAGAUCUACUUCUGGAACAUCGCCACCAUUGCCGUCUUCUAUGCCCUUCCUGUGGUGCAGCUGGUGAUCACCUACCAGACGGUGGUGAAUGUCACGGGGAACCAGGACAUCUGCUACUACAACUUCCUCUGCGCCCACCCGCUGGGCAACCUCAGCGCCUUCAACAACAUCCUUAGCAACCUGGGCUACAUCCUGCUGGGGCUGCUUUUCCUGCUCAUCAUCCUGCAGCGGGAGAUCAACCACAACCGGGCCGUGCUGCGGAACGACCUCUACGCUCUGGAAUGUGGGAUCCCAAAGCACUUUGGCCUCUUCUACGCCAUGGGCACGGCCCUGAUGAUGGAGGGGCUGCUUAGCGCUUGCUAUCACGUCUGCCCCAAUUAUACCAAUUUCCAGUUUGAUACGUCGUUCAUGUACAUGAUCGCUGGGCUCUGCAUGCUGAAGCUCUACCAGAAGCGCCACCCAGACAUCAAUGCCAGUGCCUACAGCGCCUAUGCCUGCCUGGCCAUCGUCAUCUUCUUUUCUGUGCUUGGCGUGGUCUUCGGCAAAGGGAACACAGCAUUCUGGAUUGUCUUCUCGAUCAUUCACAUCAUUGCCACCCUCCUGCUCAGCACACAACUCUAUUACAUGGGCCGCUGGAAGCUGGACUCCGGGAUCUGCCGUCGCAUUCUCCAUGUGCUCUACACAGACUGCAUCCGGCAGUGCAGCGGGCCCCUCUACGUGGACCGCAUGGUGCUGCUAGUUAUGGGCAACAUUAUCAACUGGUCACUGGCUGCCUAUGGGCUCAUCAUGCGUCCCAAUGACUUCGCCUCCUACUUGUUGGCCAUUGGCAUCUGCAACCUGCUUCUUUACUUUGCCUUCUACAUUAUUAUGAAGCUCCGGAGCGGGGAGAAGAUCAAGCUUAUCCCCCUGCUCUGCAUCGUCUGCACGUCGGUGGUCUGGGGCUUUGCGCUCUUCUUCUUCUUCCAGGGACUCAGCACCUGGCAGAAAACCCCCGCAGAGUCGCGGGAGCACAACCGGGACUGCAUCCUCCUCGACUUCUUUGAUGACCACGACAUCUGGCACUUCCUCUCCUCCAUUGCCAUGUUUGGGUCGUUCCUGGUAUUGCUGACACUUGAUGACGACCUGGACACCGUGCAGCGGGACAAGAUCUACGUCUUCUAGCAGGAGCUGGGCCCCUUGCUUCACUCAUGGGACUCUGAGCUCCUUGGCUGCACUGCCCAGAGCUUGCGUAGCGCCAGGGAUGUGAGUCCCAGCCCUGCUGCCCAGUGCCGGGUGGCAGUGGGACAGCAAGGUCUAGCCCAGGCUUGGCCGUGGACAGUCACGGGGGUGGCCUUGAGCCUUGCUCCUUCCCUCUGCUGGGGAGGAAGCCUGCUUCCCCAAAAACCCUGGAUGUUGGCCAAAUUGCUGCUUUCUUCUCAGUGUUGGGACCUUCCAUGGGUCCCUGUCCAUCGGCUCUCCGUUUAUCCUUCUGCAGGAGGAAGGAGGGAAGUGUUCCCUGUCCAUCUCAUGCCUUGUAUUCUGCUCGUCACUCCACUGCCCUCCAGUCUGGGACCCAAAGCGCUUUCUCGUCCCUGAGCUCCCACUCAGGGCCUUGGUCUGGGGCCUGAUUCCCUGUCCUGCACCUGGGCUCGCUCCACUUCUCUUUGGGUCUGUCCCUGGCUGCCAUCACUGCCCAAUCCUGUCAGCCAGGAUGGAUGGGGGUGUAGGAUUCUGGGGGCUGGCCAGCUGGUGCCAGGCUUUUGGUGCUAAGGCCUCCAAGGGCCCCCGGGCAGUGCUGCCCCCUCCCCCUGUGCUCAGGGCUGGCGCUUUAGCAAUGAGGGUCAGCCCACAUGGGAGAACCGCCUUUAAUCUGAAGGACUGAAUUCAGAGGUCACUUUCCUAUCCCAUCAGCCCCCAGACUGAUGUUGGCAUCAAGACUGGAAGGAAAAAGUAACUCAUCUUUUUCCUUCCUUUUUCUUUCCAGGCCCUUAGUCCUGCCAAACCCCAGACAGGGGCCUUUCAGUGCCAUCGACACUGCCCAAGAAUGUCUAGAGGCAAGGAGGGGACACAAAGCCUGGCCUGCCUCCUCCAUGGUCACAGGGGCCCCAGUGCCUGUCUUAGAACGGGGCUCAGGGAAGGGACAUGGUAACUUCCCUCCAUGUCCCAGUCCAGCCUCACUCUAGGAUGCAGGGCUGGCUUCUAAGUUUCCGUCCAGUCUUCAGCCGAGUUCUGUGUCAGUCACAUACACACACACAUAUGAAACCUUGGAGUUUACACUGAGUGGCCCCAGCUCUGGUUCUCCUGGCUACUCUGGGCCUUGGAUCCCUCCCUCUACCUGGUCUGUUUCAGAUGCCAAGGUUGGGGGAGGUUAGAUCCGGCCUUUGCCUGGGGCAUGGGAAUGUGUUUUAUGCUCCCCAGUUUGUUUUUGUAGCUCUCCCUUGGGCUGGGGAGAGGAGGUGGGUCUGGAUCUUUUUUUCAGAGCUCUAUUUAAUGUCUGUUUCCAUGCUAUGGUUGCAUUUCUGUUUUCUAUGAAUGAGUCUGCAUUCAAUUAAAGAAACAACCAGAUGCA